AUGGCCUGCACUGCAGCAGCAGCAGCAAACCCUCACUUGAAGCAGCAAAAAAGCGCAGGAGCAGAUUCUCUUUACGAAGAAGAGCCCCUGACUCCUUUAUAUCCUUCUUCGGAAGCAACUGCUGCUUCCACGCCUGGCUCAACCACAGCAGCAGCAGCAGCAGCAGCAGCAGCAGCAGCAGCAGCGGGGGCCAAGGGGGCCAAGCCUGCUGCUGCGGGAAACCCCCAAACCCCCGACGAAGCAGCAGCAAACCUCAAGGGGCCCCAAAACCCCACAGGGGACCUGAGCGCUCCGUACACUCAAAAUGACCCCAGCAGCAGCAGCAGCAGCAGCAACAGCAGCAGCAGCGGCAGCUGGUGGAAGCAGACUGUGCUCGCUCUGGGGUUCGGGACCCACAGAGUUGAGACCUUUGGAGGCGUCAGCAGCAGCAGCAGCAGCAGCAGCAGCAGCGGCGGGGGCCCCCUGGGGCCCCUGUCUCAUCCCCGGGGCCGCGAGGGCGCCCUGCUGCAGGGCAGCACGCAGCAGCAGCAGCAGCGGCAGCGGCAGCAGCAGCAGCAGCAGGCAGCAGCCUACGUCAAGAGCCACCGGCAGCAGGUUUGCUGGGCCUUCGUCUUGGGGUCUCUUUGUCUCUUAAUAUUGGGGGCCCUCUGCUGGAGUUUGUCUCCUUUACCUGCUGCAGCAGCAGCAGCAGCAGCAAAACGCUGCCUGGCGGCCUUCGAAGCAGCAGAAGAUGCAGGGCUGCUGCUGGGAGGCCCCAGCAGCCUUGCUGCUGCUCUCAAGGACUACUUGCUGCAGCAGCCUGCGGAGAAGCAGCAGCUGCUGCAUCAAGCCUGGAUGGCCAGGCAGAAGCAGUACCAGGAGCAGCAGCAGCAGCAGCAGCAGAAUGAGCAGCAUGCAGCAGCCGCAGCAGCAGCAGCAGCGACUGCUGCUGCUGCCACCUUCGGCUCCAGCAGCAACUUUAUGGCCAGCCUCGUCGUUGAUGCAGCAGCAGAAUACCUGUCGCUGCGAAAGGGAGUGGUGCAGCAGCAGCAGGCUUACGGUUUGCUGCUGCAGGAGCUGCAGGAGCAGCAGCAGCAGCAGCAGCUUAGCCAGUUGCUGCUCGAUGAGACGCAGCUCAGGAGGCGCCUUGCUGCUGCUGCACAGCAGGCACCAGCAGCAGUGCCCGCUGCAGCAGCAGCUGUGGUAGCGAACCAAGAAACAGCAGCAGCAGCAGAGAGCACUGCAGCAGCUAAUUCAUUAGCAGCUGCUCAAGAUGAAAUAGCAGCAACAGCAUCAGAAGCAGCAGCAAACACGCCUAGGCUGUCAACCGAGGCGCAACUGCAGCAAAAUCCACAAGGCACAAAUGACAGCCACAGCACCAUUCAGCAGCUGCAGCAACAGCAGCAGCAGCAGCAGCAGCAGCCGCAGCAGCCGCAGCAGCAGCAUCCGCCGCAGCAGCAGCAGCCGCAGCCGCAGCAGCAGCAGCCGCAGCAACAGCAGCAGCAGCAGCCGAAGCAGCAGCAGCCGCAGCAACAGCAGCAGCAGCAGCAGCCGCAGCAGCAGCAGCCGCAGCAACAGCAGCAGCAACAGCAGCAGCAGCAGCAGCCGCAACAGCAGCAGCGGCCGCAACAGCAGGAGAAGCAGGAGCAGCAAGAGCAGCACGAGCAGCAGGAGCAACCGCAGCAGCAGGAGCAGCAGGAGGAGCAGCAGGAGGAGGAGUCACGGCAGCGGCAGCAGCAAGAGCUGCUGCAGCAACACAGACGAUCUAUUCGAGAGGCCCUGCUGCUGGGGGAGCUGCCAAUGUCCUUGCAGCAGCACCUCGGUGGCCUCAGCAGCAGCAGCAGCAGCAACGGCAGCAGCAGCAGCAGCCUCGACGAAGAGAGCGACACCACUAUCAGCCUCGAGAAGGAAAUCAACGGCAUCAACACCGGCAGCAUCCCCAGCGACAGCAGCAACAGCAGCAGCAGCAGCAGCAGCAGCAGCAAGUUGGUGGCUGAGGCUUCUCGCCUGAUGGAGGAAGCAAUGCUGAGAAAGCGCAGAGCCACAGAAGCACUAAUUGCUGUUUUUGUGAAAGGAGAGCAGCAGCUGCAGCAGCAGCUGGUGUCUCUCAUGUCCAUGCUGCAGCAAAGCAGAGCAGAAGACCUGCAGCAGCAGCAGCAGCAGCAGCAAAUGCAAACACAGCUGCGCAUGCUCUCCCACGAGAAGUCGGCCCUGCGUAGCAGCAGCCACCAGGGAACAAACAGCACACAGCAGCAGCAGCAGCAGGAGCAGCAGCAGGAGCAGCAGCAGCAAUGGGAGGAGCAGAUGCUGGAAGGGCAGCAGCAAGAGGCUGAGCUGCAGCAGCAGGACCUGCUGCUGCUGCGUGCGGAGCAGCAAGCCGUUGCCGCUGCUGCUGCUGCUGUCCAUGAUGUGCUGCAGCAGGCGCAGCAGCUAGCAGCAAAGUCGCUGCAGCUGUACACCAUAGAGCGGAAGCUUUGGGACAUGCAGCUUGCUGCUGCGACGCAGCAGCAGCAGCAGCAGCACGUUACUGCUGCUGAGCCUGCAGCAGCAGCAGCAGCAGCAGCAGCGACAGAGCCAACAACGGCAGCAGCAGCGUCGGCAGACAGCGCAAUUCUUGUGCGUUCCCUUGCUGCUGCUCCUGCUGAGGGCACAGCAGCAGCAGCAGCAGCAGCAGCAAAGUGCCCCAUUUCUUUUGCUGCGCUGCGCAUGCAGCCCCAAGGAGAAGCUCUUUUGAGGGCCCUUAAGGAGCGCUCAGGAGAGCGGCAGCUGCUUGCUGCUGAUUUGGCGCUGCUGUGCAGCAACGCGCAGCAGCAGCAGCUGCUGCCUCCCUUCUUUGCUGAUUUGCUGCAGCACUUUCCCCUUGCUGCUCUCUGA